AUGCUUACCACCGCCGUAAAACAAGCAAACCGCAAUGUCGUGCGUCGCGACUCCAAGAGACUGCGCUUCGGCCACGAAGUAGGCACAAUCAGUCUCGAGGGCACCCCCAUCGACGAGAAGGCCGAUGCCAUCUCCGUUGAAUACAUCGAGUGCCGCUCAGCGCCAGCCACCCCAGUUGGCAGACAACCAGGCUCCAUGCAUGAUGACUUCCUCCCCAAGGGGAUCAACUCGACGGAAAUGGAGAAGGAUGAGCAAUGGUUCGUCGGCGCUGUUGACCAGGGCACCACCUCCUCAAGGUUCCUCAUCUUCAACGAGAAGGGUGAGCCUGUCGCCAACCACCAGAUCGAGUUCGACAACCUGUACCCCCAGUCAGGAUGGCACGAGCACGACCCCAUUGAGCUCCUCACCUCCGUUGAGGCGUGCAUAGAGGGUGCCAUGAAGCAGUUCACCGAGAAGGGUCACACUGCCAAAGAGAUCCGCUCAAUAGGUAUCACCAACCAGCGUGAGACAACUGUCGUCUGGGACAAGACCACCGGCGAGCCUCUCCACAACGCCAUCGUCUGGCCAGACACCAGGACCACGAACCUUGUUCGAGAGCUCAAGGGUCGGCCUGGCGCUGAUGACCUGCCCGAGAUGUGCGGCCUGCCUCUGAGCACCUACCCUUCCAGCGUCAAGCUGAUGUGGCUCAUCCAAAACGUCCCUGCUGUGAAGGAGGCGUACGACGAGAGCCGCUUGGCUUUCGGAACCGUCGACUCCUGGCUCAUCUACAGGCUGAACGGCGGUGCUGACGCCGAGAAGCCAGUCCAUGUUACGGACAGCACCAACGCCUCCCGCACUAUGUUCAUGAACCUGCGCACAAUGAAGUAUGAUGAUAAGACACUUGACUUCUUCGGUAUCGACCCCACCAAGUGCGCUCUCCCCGAGAUUGUGCCCUCAUCAGACGACAAGGCCUUUGGCAAGCUCGCCAGGGGCCCCCUGGCUGGCGUCUCCAUCGCCGGCUGCCUGGGUGACCAGUCCAGCGCCCUGGUCGGACAGUGUGGGUUCCAGCCUGGACAGGCCAAGAACACCUACGGUACCGGCUGCUUCCUCCUUUACAACGUCGGCACUGAGCCCGUAAUCUCCAAACACGGUCUGAUGGCGACGGUCGCAUAUGACUUCGGAAAGGGCCACCCACCAGUGUACGCCCUGGAGGGUAGUGUCGCCGUCGCCGGCGCUGGUGUCAAGUAUCUCAUCAACAACAUGGGCUUCUUCGAGAAGUCGGACGAGAUCGAGGAGGUCGCCGCCAGCGUUGAUGACAACGGUGGUGUCGUCUUCGUCACUGCCUUCAGUGGUCUGUUCGCGCCCUACUGGAUCGACGAUGCCAAGGGAACCAUCUUCGGCAUGACACAACACACCAAGAAGGGCCACAUCGCCCGCGCCACACUCGAGGCCACCUGCUACCAGAACCAGGCCAUCCUCCAGGCCAUGGAGAAGGACAGCGGCAAGAAGCUCCAGGUCAUCUCCGUCGACGGUGGUCUGUCCAACUCGGACCUGUGCAUGCAGACACAGGCGGACAUCAGCGGCAUCCCCGUUGACAGGCCCGCCAUGCGGGAGACCACAGCUCUCGGUGCUGCCAUCGCCGCCGGCCUCGCCACUGGCGUGUGGGCGGAGCUGGAGGACCUGAGCGAAAUCAACCAGAAGGGCAGAGUACAAUUCGAGCCCAAGAUCGGCGAGGAGAAGAGGACCAAGAUGUUCAAGAAGUGGGAGCAGGCCGUGGAGAUGAGCCGUGGAUGGGUCACGGACAGCUGCGAAUGA